AAAAGAGACUUCUGCCCUGGUAAGAUGGCUACAAAAUGCUAGUUUACAUUAGUUUCCCCGGCCUCGGUGGUGGGACUGCCUGGGACUAAAAAUCGAGAGACACAGGUUAUACUUAUUGUUUCACUCUUACAUACAUACAAGGAUACCCAAGAUGUAUAAGAUUAGUCUAAUACAUCUUGAUGAUACCCACCCGAAAGAGAAAGACGAAAUGUAAGAAAUGUAUUCAUGAUGUAUAAAAUCGCUUCAGAAUAAACAAUAUUUUUUUUAUUUAUUUAUUUUUUUUUUAUUUCUCUUUCCUUUCAAAGCAGUAACCCUAUGAUCACUAGUAAAAUGUUUUAAGACAACAUGCAUGGUCGCGCUGGGAUUGCGGCGCGUCACACUCAAAACAAACAUCUGUGCUGAGCUGCACUAAACUGGGAAUUACUUCGUAAUAAUGGCCUUAGAACUUUUCUGUGGCAUUGUUGAUCUCCUACAAAAACUUGACUAUGAGGAAAUAGAAGAAAUUCGGCGCUUGAGAUUACCACGUACAGUACUACGGGAUCGCAGUGACCCAAUGGUAUACCUCACGGAAGAGGAAUUCAUCCAAAGGUAUCGAUUAUCAAAGGAUGGCGUAAGGGAUGUGCUUGAAGAGAUCACACCCUACUUGGGAAGAAUACGAGAUGGAAGAGGAAGUAGUGUGCCACAGUACUUGCAGCUUCUUGUGUCGCUUCGCUACAUGGCGACAGGAAACUUCCAAAUCACGCUCUCAGAUUGUGCAGAGAUGUCGGCAGCAUCCGUUUGCAGAUUUGUGAGGCGUAUUGCAACAGCAAUUGCCUCAACUGCCCCACGCCACAUACACUUCCCUGAUCAUCAAGAGGCUCAUGCCAUUGUCAAUGAAUUCUACAGGAUUGCUCAACUACCUGGAGUAAUUGGCUGUGUUGAUGGAAUUCAUAUAAAAAUCAAAAGUCCUGGGGGGGAUGAUCCUGAACAGUACCGCUGUAGGAAGGGAUUUAUGUCCCUGAAUGUGCAGGGUGCAUGUGAUGCAAAAUUAAGGUUUACAAAUAUUGUAUGUAGUUGGUCUGGCUCCACACAUGAUGCAAGAAUUUUUGAAAAUUCCAGAAUUUACACAAAGCUUGAACAUGGAGAAUAUUCUGGGCAUCUGUUGGGUGACAGUGCAUACCCAUGUACUCCUUUUCUACUAACUCCAAUACUAAAUCCUAGAAAUGAAAAAGAAGAGAGAUACAAUGCAGCACACAUUAGAACUAGGAAUACUAUAGAAAGGGCUUUUGGUGUGUGGAAGAGAAGAUUUAGAAUCCUAAGUAUUCCAAUGCAAACCAAGCUUGGUACCACAAAGCUUAUUAUCAUGGCAUGUGCUAUAUUGCAUAAUAUUGCUAUUUCAAGGCAGUAUCCACUUGUAGAUGAGCCAUGCUGCCCAGAAGGCAAUGAUGACAAUGAUGUUAAUGAGGUUAGACAUGCUGCUGCUGCUGCUGACGAUGAAGAUGAUGAUGAUAUAAAUGGUGGUGAAAUGGCAGUUGAUGGUGCUGAGGAGGGUGCUAACAAGAGACGGUUGCUUAUCGAAAGGUGGUUUUAGGCCAGGUAGUUGGAGAGCUAGCUGACUUUUAUUCAUAGUAUUGAGUGCAAAAGGUUUGAGGGUGUAAUUCUAUUGUACUUUGCAUCUGGAUGAAGGGAUGGGACAUCUUAAGUUGCACAAUCCUGGGGUUUGGCCCCUGAGGGUCCCCAAAAUGUGACCCCCAAACCCAUGUAAUCAUAAUUUUGAGUGCAACAUCCAUUUCAAGUUUGUUGCAUUCAGAAUACCCCAAAAAAGAAAGUGGCACAACUUAAGACGUGAAAAUGCCUGGGGUUAUUAAUUAAGACACGCACUAAUUAAUGACUAAUUAACGAUUUAUUUAAACUUUUGAGUGCAACAAAAAUUCUUUUUUCAAAACAUCACUUAAUGACACCAGACACUAUAAUCACAACUUAAGAUGCGAUGUUUCCUGGGGUUUGUAGAUAAGAUGGGUGUUUUGACCCCUGAGGGUCAUGGGAACCCCCAAUUAUGGAGUUCUACCCAAGAGGUAGUGCAACAAUUUUUAUACCUGUUAUGGAUGACACAGUGUCUCAAAUGGACAAAAAUGUAAUUUAAGACAUAAAAAUGUCUGGGGUUACAAAUAAUAAUCAUAAACAUUAUAAAGUUACUUACAUACAUGCAUUAGUGUACAUUAUAAUGACUUACUCUUAAAUUAAACUGCUUAAAUGUUUAACU